GUUUCAAAACAAUGUCGCUCACGUGUGAGUCACAUGACCAAUCAGCUGACUGACUUCCUUUAAAGAAGAGUCUGUCGGCGGACGCUCGGCUGAGCCGCAGCCACAAGCGGAUGCCAACAAGAAUUUCACAACUUUUGUUGUUGUUGUUGUUUUGCCUCUUGUUGCAAGUCUCGCAACGAUUCAGACGACGACGACGAAGCUCCAGCCUGCACUAGCUUGAAUUACCUGCUAAAAGUUUGCUAGUUCGUCAUUUCUCCACUUGGCUCCGUUUCACCGCUACAAUCAUGAAGAUGUUUCCUCUUCACCCCUAAGCGACUCUCUUGUGUUUGUGUUUGGUCAACGCUGGGACGUUGAAAGGCUUGUACGAGAACAAUAUGACACCGCUACCUUUGCCGCAGCUCCGCUUCGCGUUGCUGACCUGCGCGCUGCUGUUCGUGUUUCCUUUGACUGCCUCGUGUUACCCGACGCUGAACUCGGGUCAGCCGCAGCUUGUCAUCGAGCGUCUCCGCUUGCCAAUGAUGAAAUUUAACUGGACCACCAUCUCGUGCCGCAUGUGUCAAGUCCUCUUCACCCUCCUGGAUGUGGCGCUCUUGAGUGACAUAAACGAAGAGCGAGUGGCCUACGCCAUGGGCGAGGCCUGCAUCCGCCUCCACCUGGCCGACGAGCAGGUGUGUCGUAACAUCACUGAGCUUUUUCGGGAAGACUUCAUCCGGGCCUUACAAGAGUCCCUGCUGUGGCCGUCGGAGGCGUGCGGCCUGCUACUGGGCCCCCCUUGCGGCAAGUUUGACAUCUACGCGUCGUGGAACAUAACUUUGCCCAAGGAUCCCAAACCUCCCGUUACACCGCCCGUGCCGCCUAAACCCGGCUCGCCACAGAGCAGAGUUCUGUUUCUCACAGACAUCCACUGGGACAAUGAGUACGCAACUGGCAGCGCCGCCGACUGCAAGGAGCCUCUGUGCUGCCGUAAUGACUCCGACUCCCCCAAAUGGCGGCGGGGUGAGGCGGGCUACUGGGGAACAUACAGCAAAUGCGACCUGCCGCUCAGGACUAUUGAAAACCUCUUGGAAAAUCUGGCCGGGGCCGGACCCUGGGACUGGGUCUAUUGGACGGGAGAUAUUCCGGCGCAUAAUGUCUGGUCUCAGACCAGGGAACAGCAGCUCACUGCUCUGACCGUCAUCACCAGGCUCAUCCAGAAACACCUUCGGCCUCAUGUGACGGUCUACCCUUCGAUUGGAAACCACGAGAGCACGCCGGUGAAUAGCUUCCCGCCGCCUUUCGUUCACGGCAACAGAUCCUCCGCCUGGCUCUAUGACACCAUGGCGGACGAGUGGUCAAAAUGGCUGCCGGAGUCGGCUUUGAAGUCUCUGAGAUACGGGGGAUUUUACACAACUGAGAUCCAUCCAGGCCUGAGGCUGGUGUCCCUCAACAUGAACUUUUGCGCUCGGGAGAACUUUUGGCUCAUGGUGAACUCCACCGACCCGGCCAACCAGCUGCAGUGGCUGGUCUACGUUCUCCAGGCCAGUGAAGACAAAGGGGAGAAGGUUCAUAUCAUUGGCCAUAUUCCACCUAGUAUGUGUUUGGCGAGCUGGAGCUGGAACUACUAUCAUAUUGUCAACAGGUAUGAAAGUACCAUUACAGGUCAAUUUUUUGGACACACGCACUUUGAUGAAUUCCAGAUCUUUUACGACGGCGAGACCGUAACUCGGCCACUGGGGGUUGCGUUCAUUUCUCCCAGUGUGACCACCUAUAUUAAUUUAAACCCAGGUUACCGCGUUUACUACGUAGACGGGAACUACCAAGGCAGCUCUCGGCUGGUUCUGGACCACGAGACUUUUAUUCUCAACUUGACUGAGGCGAACCGCAAACCGGGAGAACAUCAAGAGCACCCCAAGUGGACUCUGCUUUACCGUGCCACAGAGGCCUACGGGCUGUCCAGCAUUUUCCCCUCCGACUUGGACGGCCUCGUACGGGGCUUCAUCGGGGAUGAGCGCCUCUUCCAGAAGUUCUGGUACUUUCGACACAAGGGGCACGUUUCCGAGCCGUGCAAGGAGACUUGCAAAACUGCCGCCUUGUGCUUUUUGCAAAGCGGCAGGUAUGAUAUGCUGCAGAAAUGCAACUACAUCGAUGGUGUCAAAGUGAGAAAAAUUCCAUGUUAGGUGAGGAACUUUGCUGGUAUUCGAAGUAGGUGGUCAAAGUGCAAUGUUUCCAGAUAAGAAUGUCUUCUGAUGACUUGAAAUGCAAUAAUGUUUGGUCACAAUCAAUCCCAAAAGUUGUCUGUUUGCACUUUAACGUUAGCGGAUGAGUAGCGAAUCCAAAUAUGCUCACACAAUUCAAAAGUACACCGUACAGUAUUUGACAUACACAAGGUCCAUCUGCAUCAUGACAUACAGUACAUAGCUUGUUAAUUGAUGGUUUGGAUAUUUUUGUGGAUAAAAUGUGUCCUUGAUUGUCAAUUAAAAUGAUUUUUGAGCUUU